UUUAAAAAGAAGCCUUUCUCCUCAAGGAAAAUGUAUUUUAUUCUUUAUAUGUUUCACCCUGAGCUCUGCAGUUCACCUCUUCAUUGUUCCUCCAUCUCUAACUGCUCUGGUUGGCCAGAUGGUUCAGUUCAAUUGUAUAUUGGAAGAUGGACAAAGCUGCCCAACUCCCCAAUUAAUCUGGCGCCACAGACAUUCAUUUCCAAAUGGCACUGAAGGAAAUGAAAGAGAUAUUAGGAUUGAAAAUCACUACUCUAUUUUAAAUAAUCUGUCGGCUAGCAUUCUGAAAAUUACAGCGGUGAAGCCCUCUGAUGCUGGACACUUCAUCUGUUCUGGGAUUUGUAUUGGAAAAGGACUUGUGAAAUUGCAAAAUGAGUCCUACCUCACUGUCAAAGCUCUUCCCAAACUGCAGCUCCUUUCUCAGAUAUCAGAUAGCACCCCCAGCAUCCUGAAUGUAACUUGCACUGCUAUGGGCUUCUACCCUCCAAGGAUAAUUCUGUCCUGGAAGCACACCAUCCCUGAGAUGACACGCACUUUCCAGCAGGAAGCCCCGACAUUAAACCAUGAUGGCACAUACAGGACCAGCUCAACCCUACAGAUCAGUGACUCUCUUUGGAGCUCAGGUGAAGAGAUUGUGUGUGAAGUAAAUCACAACUCUCUGACACAACCACUAAGGGAAAGCAUCAGGAGAGAAGGUCUUCUACCAGAUUCAUUUCUCUUAGGUAGGCUGAAAAUGUGCUACCUGAAGACGGGCCUACUCUCUACAGGAGUGCUGCUGAUGGUCUUGGCAGUGAUUGCAGUUCAUGUGAGGACUUCAAAGUUCAAACACUCAGAGUGUGGUCUUCAAGAUUUGAAUUUGAAAGAAGAGGAGGAAUAAGAGUCAAGAGAAAUCUUAAUCAUCAAAUCAGAACAAAGGACAUAUAAUAUCAAUUUAAAGUAAACUGGAGUGGUUAAACACAGCAUGAAAGAAAUUGUGACUCAAUAAAGAAAUUAAGCAAAAAAAAAAACAAUUCCCAGUGUCUGUAUUUAGCUGGAGUAGCCACCUGUUUCUCUUCUUAUGUAAGAAUCAUUAAUA